UGAUGGAUUGAAGAUUAAACAUGUACGGGAAUCAUCCACACUUCAUGAAGUUUCAUACAGACUUUGUGAAUUCCCCAGUUCAUACCAGUUCUGUACCUGGAAAUCUGUCACCAACUGGGAAUUCUAUAAACAGUAAAUCCAACUAUCUGGAAGCACCUCUUGGUGCACUGGGGACUCUGUCCUCCCCCAUGAACUCCAUAGGGUCUGGCACUACAACGAGCUGUCCACUUAGGGUAAUCCCAACUGCGGUUGGGUCACAUGUUGUUCCUUUGACUUCACCACCAGACAUGAGUUAUGCUGUGCAUACCAGCCCACAGUCCAGUAUAAUAAACAGGACUGGCAGCUCUGAAGAUACCAAGCUUUUGCCAAAUUUCCAACGGAUGGGAGCAAUGAAUUAUGCAUCCCCAAGCCCAGGAUCCCUGACCAAGCACGUCUGUGCAAUUUGUGGAGACAGAUCAUCAGGGAAGCACUAUGGGGUGUACAGUUGUGAAGGCUGCAAAGGCUUCUUUAAGAGGACAGUACGAAAGGACCUUGUCUACACAUGCCGAGAUAACAAAGACUGUCUGAUCGACAAGCGUCAGCGAAACCGUUGCCAGUACUGCCGCUAUCAGAAAUGCCUAGCAACAGGCAUGAAGAGAGAAGCGGUUCAAGAAGAGAGGCAGAGAAGCAGAGAGCGGAGUGAAAAUGAAGUGGAAUCCACAAGCAGCAAUGGUGGUAGUCUUGAGGACAUGCCUGUGGAAAGGAUUUUAGAAGCUGAAAUGGCAGUUGAACCUAAAACCGAAUCAUAUGGUGAUGUGAGUGCUGAGACCUCGACCAAUGAUCCUGUCACCAAUAUUUGCCAUGCAGCUGAUAAACAGCUUUUCACAUUGGUCGAAUGGGCCAAGAGGAUCCCACACUUCUCAGACCUGACACUGGAAGACCAAGUUAUCCUCCUCCGAGCAGGUUGGAAUGAACUGCUGAUUGCCUCUUUUUCCCAUCGCUCUGUUUCUGUGCAGGACGGUAUUCUACUGGCCACCGGCCUACAUGUGCACCGGAGCAGCGCACACAGCGCUGGGGUGGGCUCCAUUUUUGACAGGGUUCUUACUGAGCUGGUAUCCAAAAUGAAAGACAUGCAGAUGGACAAAUCUGAACUGGGGUGUCUGCGAGCCAUUGUCCUGUUCAAUCCAGAUGCCAAAGGCCUAUCCAGUCCUGCAGAGGUGGAAUUGCUACGUGAGAAAGUUUAUGCUACCCUGGAGGCAUACACAAAACAGAAAUAUCCUGAGCAACCUGGAAGGUUUGCUAAACUUCUCCUGAGGCUGCCUGCAUUGAGAUCUAUUGGUCUGAAAUGCCUGGAGCACCUCUUCUUCUUCAAGCUGAUAGGUGACACUCCUAUCGACACCUUUCUCAUGGAGAUGUUAGAGACGCCUCUGCAGAUCACCUGAUUAGGACAGGAUGCCAACAGGAAAGUACAAAUAAUACCAGUGAAGAAGUUUUGUUCCUGGCCUGCCUGCUUCCACCCAUUCCCACUCCCCUGACUUUCUGCAUGGGAUGACUUUCAGAAAGGAAUAGGGACCCCUAUAAAUGUUUAGCUUUUAAAAAAUGGAAUGUUGUACAUAUGCAAACUUUUAAAUGGCAGCUAGAAAGAGCAGGGCAUCCUGUAGCUCAUCAAAAACAAACUGUGGCACUUGUAUAAAUGAUUGAGUUUAAAUUAUUU